AUGGCCCACAAACAUGAUGCGGCGGGCAAGAUUGCUGCCAGACGAUGGAUGGGGAAGUCAGCGAGCCAGAUCUACAGCGAGUUCUGCGAGGAAACGAGCUUCACGGCGCUCAACAAGAUUCACAAGGCAGACUUCCGCCUAAAGCGCGUCAAAUGGGCCGUCACGUGCGUGUUCAUGACCGCCAUGCUCGCCGUGCAGAUCACGUGGCUCUUCCAGAAAUACUUCCGGUGGCCAGUGGAGCUGUCAAUAGAGGUGAAGGCGGUUCCGGUUCUGCUGUUCCCGAGCGUCACCAUCUGCAACAUCAACCCGCUGAAGAAGGAAAACAUGAGGUCGGGUCAAUUCCAAGAAAAGAGCGCGGUGUUAACACUAGGCAAAGACGACAUGAUUUACGACGACUAUUCGGACGAUCUCAUGAACGAAAUGACAGGUAUGGGUACAAACUGUCAGGCAUGGGUACAAACUGUCAGCAAAUUCACUUUUGGUAACUACAGCGAUAACGACAUAUCGUCGCUGAUGAAGAAAAACGACAUUAACAAGUGCAACGUGCUGCGCAAUAACACGGAAAUAUCGGAGGCUUUUUACCACUCCAUAGACGACAGUCGCGUGGCCAUCCUUGCGUACUCGGACGUGGCGGCCAAAAUGAGCGGCGCAGAGCUGCGGACGUACGGACACCAGAGCGAGGACAUGAUCAUCUCGUGCACCUGGCAGGGCAUGGCCUGCUCGCCGGACAACUUCACCUUCGUUCGCAACAACAAGCAUGGAAACUGCUACACCUUCAAUGCUUUCGACAACGGUCAAGAUCUACUGACAACGAACUCACGGUGCGGGACCUCUCAUGGUAGUGCGGGACCUCUCAUGGGUCUCACACUAGAGCUGAAUAUAGAGCAGGACGACUACAUUCCUGCCCUGGCCCAGGACGCCGGGGUGAAGAUCGUUAUCCAUGAGCGGGGAACCUACCCCAUACCGGAAGACGCGGGACUGUCGCUCCCGCCGGGGAUGAAGACAUCCAUCGGGCUGGACAAGACCGAGUAUAAGCGCCUACCGCCGCCUCACGCUGAAUGCGACACGAGCGGCCAAGGCGUGGUGGAUCUGUAUGCACGUGACUUCGGAACCGCCUACACAAAGGAGACCUGCCUCAAGUCCUGCAUGCAGGCCGCCAUACAAGACCACAAUGUGCUUCUUCAUAGUUACUAUGGCAAUUGUGGAAAGCUGCAACGGGAGAUGCCCGACACCGUCGAUACAACCCUGAUGAAAGUUGACGUGUUCUACACAAGGUUGAUGUUAAAAAAAGUCGAACAGAAGAAAGCGUACGAAUCUGAGAACCUGAUACCUGACAUCGGAGGCCAGCUGGACCUGUGGUUGGGCGUCUUUGCAAUCACGUUCGGCGAGCUGAUUGAUCUGUGUGUCUCCCUGGCGAGGGCGGCACUCUAAAAGUGCUGCAACCGGAAGUUGCACGAGAUGGAAAAACAGGACGGUGAGUCCGACAUAGCCUAGCAGACAGGAAGCGUCGACUGGGAACAUGCAAGGAUUCAUGUGUUUUCGAGACGCAUUAACAGA